AUGGAGGAGGAAGUGGGAAUCCCUGUCCCGUUCAAGUACCCCGCCUCUGACUUCUUGUUGACUGUCAGUGGUCUGUUGUUUUUUCUCAUAGAUGUGGUACUAGACGUGUUGGCGGUGGUGUCUUUUUACCGACAAGAGGCCUACGUGUUCAUGGGAAUGCUGGUGUUUCUACUACUGGGCUCCUCAGCCCUGGUCCAGGCUUUCAGCUGGCUGUGGUACCACUAUGACAAGGACAGGACUGAGACCAGGACAGAGAGCCUUGUGAAGAGCCUCCGCUCCCUCAAGAUCCUCCAUGUGUUCCAGAUGGGAGUCUACCUCAGGUUCAGUUAAACUUUGUUGACUAAACUUGAUGUUGAACUGUGAACAGAAACAGCCACAGACUGUGUUUAUAACCUAAAUAACUUGUUUCACCAGUGGUGGAAAAGGUACCCAAUUGUCAUACUUAAGUAAAAGCAAAGAUCCCUUAAUAGAAAAUGACUAAAGUAAAAGUGAAAGUCACCCAGUAAAAUACUACUUGAGUAAAAGUCAAAAAGUAUUUGUUUUUAAAUAUACUUAAGUAUCAAAAGUAAAUGUAAUUGCUAAAAUAUACUCAAAUAUCAAUAGUAAAAGUAUAAACCAUUUCAAAUUCCUUAUAUAAGCAAACCAGACAGCACCAUUUUCUUGUUUUAUUUAAUUCACAGAUAGCCAGGGGCUCACUCCAACACUCAGACAUCAUUUAGAAAUGAAGCAUUUAAGUAGUACUUUAAAGUAUUUUUACUUAAGUACUUUGCACCACUGGUUUUCACAAUCCUUAUGAGCUUUAAGUCUGGCAAGCAAGGCUCCUUUAAGAAUUUGGUUGCUUUAUGUGUUUCCAUCUCACCUCAAGGCGGAAACACCUUUGUAACCAAACUCCUUUCUAGAAUAUAAAAUGAAGAUAGUUAUUAUAUUCACUGUGAAUCCCGUGUAUAAAAUCCAAAAAUAUAAAAUGGGUGCGGCUGUCAUUUUAGAUACGCUGGUGUGGUGAGGAUCUCGAUAUGUGGCUUCUGCUGUGGAAAGCGUUACACGGAGGGCGAUGCUGUAUUUCUGACCCAUGACCUUAACAUGCUGCGCCUCAUCGAGACCUUCUCUGAGAGCGCCCCACAGCUUGUCCUCAUGCUUACCAUCAUCAUCCAGAGGGGAGAGGUGGAGCCCAUCACA